AUGGCGUCCAGGGAUGGGGAUAGCAUCUGCAGCAUCCAGAUGGCAACGGAGGUACUGGACGAGUCUCCGGGAGCGCUUCAGGAUCAAGAUGAGGCGACGUGCUCCGUUUUGUUUAGCAUGCCGGCCUCGCCGUCGGGGCUCCACCUCGCGCAGGGUAUGGCGGGCGGGGCAAAGGUGGAGGUCCACGACCCUGCCAGGCCGCGGCUGAUGAAGCAUGCCCGCUUCCACUCGCAGCCGUCCAUGCUGAUCGGAGGUGGUGGCGAGGCGCCGGCUAUGCCGCGGAGCGAAAGCACGCGGGAGUGGGACCGGCGGUUCGACCACUUCAGGACCUUCUCAGGCCGUCUCGAGCGGCAGCUCUCCAUCCUCCGUGGGGCGGUGCCGCAUGAGCCGCCGACGGACGACAUGGAGUGUAACGCCGCGGCCAAGAUUUCGGUGGAGCACACCGACGAGGACAAUGACAUCCCCUCCGCCGACUCCUACUUCGCCGCCCUUGAAGGCCCUGAACUUGAGACCCUUCGGCCAGCAGAGGUAGCGGUGCUGCCCAAUGGCGAGCCCUGGCCGUUUCUCCUCCGGUUUCCCAUCAGUGCGUUCGGAAUGUGCCUGGGCGUGAGCAGCCAGGCAAUGUUGUGGAAGACUCUUUCGUCGGAGCACUCCACGGGGUUCCUUGGCGUGCACCCCGCCGUCAACCGCGUCCUCUGGUGGGCCUCCGUCGCCCUCACCGUCAUUGUGUCCAUCACGUACCUACUCAAGGUUGUGUUCUACUUCGAGGCCGUCCGCCGCGAGUUUCACCAUCCGGUCCGCGUCAACUUCUUUUUUGCACCCUGGAUCGCUUGCCUCUUCCUCGUCAAGGGCUUGCCCCGCCCCGAGAGGGAGAUCAACCACAUUGUCUGGUACCUCCUCAUGACACCCAUCCUCUGCCUUGACCUCAAGAUCUACGGCCAGUGGAUGUCCAGCGGCGAGCGCCAACUCUCGAAGGUGGCCAACCCGUCGAACCACCUCGCCGUUGUUGGCAACUUUGUGGGAGCACUACUCGGUGCCAAGAUGGGCCUCCGUGAGUUGCCCAUCUUUUUCUUUGCCGUCGGGCUCGCUCACUACCUCGUGCUCUUUGUUACCCUCUACCAAAGACUCCCCACCAACGUGCAGCUUGCCAAGGAGCUCCAUCCGAUCUUCUUCUUCUUUGUCACCGUACCCAAUGUCGCCUCUAUGGCUUGGGCGACGAUCUCUGGCGAGUUCGGCCAUGGCCCCAAGCUUCUUUACUUCGUCUCACUCUUUCUCUAUGCAUCCUUGGUGGUACGCAUCAACCUGUUCAGGGGGGUUCGGUUCUCACUGACAUGGUGGGCCUACACGUUCCCGCUAACGAGCGCCGCACUGGCCACUGUGUUGUAUGCAUCGGAGGUGGACAACAUGCUGACCCGAGCAUUGGCGGUCGGGCUGGCAGGGAUCGCCACCGUCACAGUCAUUGGAGUCAUGGUCAACACCGUAUACCAUGCCUUCGUGAGUAAGGACCUCUUCCCCAAUGAUGUGUGCAUCGCCAUCACGAGGCAGAGGCCCAAGUUCAACAAGAUCCUUGCACACCUCCGCUUGUCCAGCACCGAUGAGGCCACCAUUUAG